ACGGCACGGAAAGGCGGGGCGAUGGAGCCACGAGAGCCGCGGCUGCGGGUCAUCCCCGAGGCCUCGACGCGCAGCAUCCUUCAGUUUGAUACCAAGUGGGGGGCGAUUCCCCCCGCAGAGCUCGAGAUCAUUCGCAUGAAGAAGGAGUCGCAGUCCAUGUUUGCAAAGCGGCAGGGCGCUCCGACGUUGCCCCACAGUCUUGGCGACGUGCCGCUCUUUGCGCCCACCGAGCACCUCGAAGACGAAGCCGUCAAGACGCACGACCCGGGCGCCGUCGAGGCGUGGGUCAACGCCCACCUCUUACGCGGUGCUAUCCAGUUGAUCCCGCUCUCGGGCUCGUACGUGGCCGAAGACGCAACUAGCGAUGCAAAGAAGCAAGCGCUAUUGUACCAGAGCAAACUCGAGUACAACGACAUUCAAACGAUAUUUUCCGCGCCCGACAAAAGCCCACUCGAAGGCGCGGGCAUCGACUCGGGCUCGCUGCUCCGGCUCGGCAUGCCCAAGGCGAUCGUGGACCGUAUAUUCCGCGGUCUUUUCGUCUAUUCGAGCGGCUUUCACACGCUCAUUCACGAGAUUGGCCGGCACUGCCCGGCGUACGCCGAGUCGCACAUUGCGGCCAACAUUUGGCUCACGUUUCUACACUUGCUGGAAAAGUGCGAAGACGGACGGUACGAAAUGGCGAUGCUCAAGUUCAACCACGCGACCGCGGUCUGGAAGCAGAAUGCGAUCCGCGAGUACGAGCUCCAGACGUCGACAUUGCAAGCGGCCAUUGUCACGGCCCAAGCAGAGACGCACGCCGAGCGAGCAAUCGUGGCCGAGCGUGUCGCGGAAGUGAGCAGUCGGGACGCGACCAUUGCCGCCUUGCGAGACGAGGUGCAAGCGGCGCGAGAGGCCACGGCGGCGUCCGACGACCUCGUGCGCCUUGCCAACCUUGAGAUUCUCGAGCUCGAAAACACCGUUGCCGCGACACGCGAGGAGCUCGCGAACACGAGCCAGUCGCUGCACAUCGCAUUGGCCGAAAAGUCCAAUCUCCAAGUCGAGUUGACGGGCUAUCUUCACGAACUCCAAAACGUCGACGAUUACAAGGCCAAAGUCGACGAACACAAGACGCGCGCGGCCGACCGCAUGCGCGAGCUCCAAGCCGCCAACCAAGCGAUCAAGGACGAACUCGACCUUGCCAAGAGCGAGAUUAAAGCGGGCUCACUCGAGCGGCUCAAGCACCACGCGGCCCGAGAGGUCCUCGCGCUCAGCAACGAAAAGCUCGAAGCCAGAGUUGCGUCGCUCUCUGCCGAGCUCCAUACAACGACCAUUGCCCUCGCGGCCAAGACAAGUGCGCUCGAAGAAGCCGACGCGACCGUUCUCUCGCUGAAAAACGUCAUGGAGAAGGACCGUGGCGCGUGCGCGUCUCUGACCGCCGACGUGGCGGCGCUCACGCUCCAAGUGGGGCAGCAAAAGCGCGAUUAUAUGGUGCUCGAAGCCCAAGCGCAGCUGCUCUUGAUGGAGAAGAAGAACAACCACAUGCGCGAAGGCGACCGGCUCCGCAUCGAGAGGCUCCUCAACAAAAAGGUCGAGCUCGAAAAAGACAUUGAGACGAUGCGCGCCGAGCGUGAGAAGAGCCAAGAACACCUCUGGAACGUCCGCGCGACGCUCGAGUCGGUCGAAAACGACUUGCAGCUCGCCAAGCGCGCGUUCGCGACGAGCCAGACGUCACUGCAGCAGCUCGAUAAAGUCAACGACCAGCUCCGGAGUCAAAUAGCCGAGAUGGAGCGCAACGUCGAGCGCAUGACCAUUGGGUUUAACGCGAUGAAAGACCGGUGCAAGGUUGUGGAGGACGGCGCGAAAGAGUCGGUCAACAAAGUGGAGCUCGAGCUCAAGGUGGCCAUGUCUCAAAUGCGCGAAAUGGCGUAUAUGCGCCGCGAGAACGAAGCCCAGAUCAACGACCUCUCCAAGACGAUCGAGGCCAAUCACAUGGAAGUCAAGAUCCUCCAUCAACGCCUCGAGCAGCAAGAGAAAAUCAUUCGCAACAUGACGGUCGAGCGAGACGCACUCGUGCGAGAGAAGCGCGUGCUCCAACUCGAGUCCAACGCGAGCCAAUUGGUUAUGUCGCAGCUCAACACAUCCACGGCCGGGCUCAUGGACCGCAUUCGAAAGCAUGAAGUUACGUUUGACGAGGCCAUCGUCGAGCUCAAGGGUCACUACGAGCACGCGUUUGCCUUGGGCAACGGCCAUCUCGAGGCGUCGCUUGGGAUCGGCGACGUGCAGCACGUGUCGCUGCCGAGCAAGUCGGCGGCCGACGUUAUGCACAAGAGCGUCGUCGCCGUCAUGGCGCUGAUGGACAUGCGCCAUGAGAACCCGGCCUUCUCGACGACCAAACGGCGCCACUCGCUCAAAGGCCAUGAGCUCAAAGUGCAGUGCGAGUACCGCAUCGUCGAGCUCGGGCACGAGAUUACGCGGCGCGAGGCCGAGCGACUCGAGCUCUUGCGGCAGAUCGCCCGGCGCGACGCACGCAUUCUCGAGGAGAAGCAGCGCACGCAGUGUGAGAUUGGCGUUGGCAAGAUGCAUGCCGAACGCAGCCUCUUGGUGCUCGAGGACUUUGCAGCGCGCUUGCUGCGCUUCCGCGCGUACGAGCAAGCGACGACGCGCAAGAUCAUGGAUCAAGAAUUCGAGCUGUACCAGUACAAGCACCGUGUCGCCAACCUGCGCGACCGCGUCGCAUCGCUCAAGCUCAUGCUCGAUCAAAGCGGUAUGGCCGAAGAGGAUGCCAGCGGGUACCUCACCAUCGAGAAAGUCCGCUUCAUGACUCGCGUCGACGAAGCGGUCCAAGCGGUCGAAGACAUGGCCGACGGCAGCGUGCAGACGUAUCCGCCGCGGCGGUCACCGAUCAAAGAGCGCGCCAAGCUGCAUGGCAUGGACUUUUCGGCGCCCGAGAGCGUCCUCACCAACAUCACGUCGCUGAUCCCGGACGAGGAGCUCGACCACCAUUUUUUCUCGUUAACGCACCACAGUCGCGACGCAACGACCGAGUACGCGCAGGGGCACUUGCUCCGGCGCAGCAUCGCGCGGACCAAAGGCGCGGUCCUUCCAAAGCUCACGCAAGCGUCGCUCGAGAAAGCGCCGGCCCGCGCGCCGUUUGUGCGGACGAACGUGGUCGCUGACUACGAGACGCAGUUUGGUCUCCACGCUCGGAUAGCGAUGGGUGCGAUCGGCCCCUUUGCUGUCUCCCGGCCCGUCUCCAACCCCGAAGAUCGCAGCGAGCUCGGCGACGAUUUUGGGCCCUUCGCGUCCUUUACACGGGACAUUUCCGAGCACGACUAUAGCUCGCCCAACUUGACAUCGCCGCGCGCGCCAAAUAGCCUGCCGACGCGCGUCGUGGGGGGUGGCGGGCGGCUGCAGUCGAUCCCGAAAAAGAAGAGUCCGGUGCCGCCGCCCAUGCGCCCGCCACAGCGAAAUCCUAAAGCCCACGCAGUGCGGCGCGCGCGCCCGACGCGGCACGACAUGUCGCAAAUUAUCAAUGUACCAAGUGACGCAGUCGAGUACGACGUGGCCGUGCUGGACGCGCUCCAGACGCAGCAGCCCGUGUACCGGCACAUGGACGGCAACGGACUCCAGUACCAUCUCGAUCCCGCAUAUCUGCAACCGGACGACGACGACGACGACGGCGGCAACCGCCUGGACGACUAUUUUACAACGAAUGACGACGGGAUGCUGGUGGCGCGCGUCGAGACGCUGCCCAGUAACCACGUUCCAACGUUGCUCGAGCAGCGUAUCAAGGCCCACCACCAAGCCACUGCGUCGGACGGACCGCAUGCCGGCUGGGACCUCCGCGGCAACAACCACGUGCUUCAAAUGCACGGCGAGAGCACACCGCUGCCGCCCGUCUUGUACCCACUGACAAAAGGCUAACGAAGAGCCAGGCGUUUUAUUUGCUA